UUUUUCUCGGUCCAAGGCCAGACCAUGCUGGUCCACGUGGAGUCCCGUGGUCACUGACGCACAUAACUCGUGACUUACCAGUACCAAGGCUACACAAUGCAAGCAUGCAUGUUGAAGUCCCUGCCCAAUCGGUUGGAAGACGUUUUGGGCCAUCCACCUGCCACUGCGGCCGACACCACUAUCGAUAACGUCAGACAACAAGGGACCUUCAGAGCUUUUGAUUGAUGGAUUUUCUGUGCUAGUUCCUCUUCCUACCCUACCGAGAUCGGACAACUAAAACGCAAGCACUCCGCUUGACAGUGAUCACCCACCACCACGUUGAACCCAUCGCUCCCUCUGCCUCGAUCCUUGCCCUCACUUCUUUGAAUACUCAGAGCUACCCAGCCAUAUCCCCUCGUCCAUCACCCUACCCAGCAAGUAAAACAGUUAAUAUCUACCAUGGGAAAGAAAGCCAAGACCGCUCAAGGAAAGAAAAAGGCAGCAACCCGCAAACUGCCGAAGUCGGAACUGCCUCCUCCUCCCAAGCCUCUUGAUACAGAGGUCGGUUCUGCCAAACUCUUGGAGGAACCCACUCUCCCCGGAAGUGGCUACAAGGCGCUGGAUCGAGAGGGAUUCGAUGAUGGCGGUGUCGCCGACCUCACGCUCGUUAUUGAUUUGGAAGAUUCCGUCUUGCGUCGUAAACGUGGAGACCAGGAAUACUUUAACGCACUACGACAAGAUCUCUUGCCGCGAGUCACUCGUGGGGCCCUCGCCAAGGAUUCUCGUAGAGAACAAAAGAUAAAGUUGGCCAAAUUGCUAUUCAGCGAAGAAGAAAACGAAGAAGAUGCCAAUCCCAGUGAAGUCUACGUCGAAAAUGCCGUCGAUGGACAGGAAGAUGAAGCCACCAAGGCCCAUCGAAUGCAACGUUUGACGUCGGCACGGUCCGCACUCACGCUCAGCACCGUCUUGCGAGAACCCGCCUGUGCCAGUUUGAGUCUCUCCGAAAUUAGCAAACGUCGUUUGUCUUACUAUGGAAAGGAGGGAGCCGACGCCGCAUUGCGUUGUGCCGAUAAGGCCAUUGAAAUUGCCGGAGAUGGAUUCUACGAUACCGAUGAAAUUGAAGUCGAGGCUCAAGAAGAACCCAAAAUCGAUCCCAAACACGAAAAAAAUGCCACUGCUCCUGGAUUGGCUCACCCCACCUCUCUCAAACUCCUACCCAUUCGAGUCAGUCACCUCUGUCUGCGAAGUGCCUACUUGCAUCGGGGUAACGCCCUCGCCGCCAUGGGAAAGGAAGACGAAGCCCGUGAAUCCUACGAAAAAGUAUUCCCCAUGCUCGACCCCGAACCUCGUUGUGGUCGUCUGGAUUGGGAACGUAGUUCGCUCUACGUCAAUAUCGGAAACACCUUCUCGCGUCAGGGUGACUACGCCAAAGCCGAACAACAAUACGAGGUGGCCGAAAAACUGGGCAAGGAUCACGUCGAUACCCCCGAAGGCAACAAGACGGACGGUAUGGGAAUGAUGAUUGUCGCCAUGCGAGCUCGUGCGUUUGCCCUCAAGAAACACGGACGUGAAGAAGAGGGAAAGGCCGUCAUGAAAAAGGUGAUUGAACUGCAGUUGCAGUUGAAUGCCGAAAAGGCCAAGGAAGAAGAGGAAAAGAAAAAGCAAGCGGAAGAGGCAGCCGCCCAAACCAACGCCGUUCAAGAGGGAGGUGGUGAAGCGCAGGCUCCCAUGGUGGCAGCAUCGUAGAGAAUCGGACGGAGAAUGGAACCGAACGAACCCUUUGUGCUACUAGAUGAGAUGGGUGACGAUGUUGGAAUUGAUGGUUGAGUGAUUGGUGAAUGUGCUAAUGUACUGUAAUUGAGCGGGACGUGUACGGAAGAAAUGGAGUGUCAGGACGGAGUGUACUUGGUUGAGACAUACCCUACCAAUAUACAUGGCACGAUGAAAGAGAAGAAAUUGCAAACAAGUGAAGGGCUUGCAUGCAUGCGCAAAACGAAAAUUGCACGGAAUAAGACUAAGAGAAAACUACUAAUAGGAAUUUGAGAGGUUGUCUCGU